GUUGGGUGUACUUUUUUAUUACGCGCCUUGCAUUUUGGGCUAUAGAUCGGUCGGGUGUGUGCCCCCUUUCCUCUCCGAUCAGUCUCCGGCCACGACCACUUAUCGGCAUUUCACUUUUUGAAUUCCAAUUCUCUGAUUAACAUCCGUUUUAGGUGGUUGAGAAUAAAGAACAAUGAGUCAGGUAUUCGAAGGGUACGAGCGUCAAUACUGUGAGCUAUCGGCUAAUCUUUCCCGGAAAUGCACGGCAGCGUCUGCCCUUGAUGGAGAGCAGAAGAAGCAGAAGCUUUCUGACAUCAAAGAUGGUCUAGAUGAAGCUGACACAUUGAUUCGGAAAAUGGACCUUGAGGCCAGGAGUUUGCAGCCAAAUAUAAAGGCAACGUUGCUUGGCAAGUUAAGGGAAUAUAAAACUGAUCUGAACACUUUGAAAAAUGAAGUUAAAAGAAUCUCAUCAAUUAAUGCCAACCUGGCGGCACGAGAUGACUUGCUAGAGUCGGGAGAUGCUGGUGCGCUAAUGGUAUCAAAUGAUCAAAAAGGAAGACUGUUGAUGUCAACUGAGAGGUUAAACCAGUCCACUGAGAGAAUAAAGGCCAGUAGGAAAGCAAUGCUGGAGACUGAGGAGCUUGGAGUCUCUAUCCUCCAAGACCUGGAUCAUCAACGUCAAUCUCUACUCCAUGCCAAUCAGACGCUCCAUGGAGUGGAUGAUAACAUCAGCAAAAGCAAGAAGAUUUUGUCAUCAAUGUCGAAAAGAAUGAAAAGGAAUAAAUGGAUUGUGGGCUCCUUUUUCACAGCUCUGGUCCUAGCAAUUCUAUUGAUCCUAUAUUUCAAGCUGACUCGCUAGCAUGCUGUCUUUUGGUCAUCUCAGGCUGCCGUAUUUCUUCUGAAAUAUGACAUUACGUUCAAUUCAGGCGCAUGUGAAAUAAUUCUCAUGUCGAGUCGCCCACUUUGUGCACCAGAUUUCAAUUUUUUGUCCAAAAAUGAUAUUUUUGCUCGACUACUUUGACCCACGACGUUAGAGAAGAUUUCAACGAUAAUUCUCAGCGGCAGAAGUUAUGAAUUAUACGAUGAUUUUUUUGCGACAA